AUCGUCUGAUCCAGCGACAUGGCGGCUUCAUGUGGUGCUGUUCAUUCUCCUCUUCUCGCUGACUGACUAAUGUGUUCCUGUCCGUCAGGUGGACACAGAGCAGAGCAGCAUGACAAUGAGACCUGGAAAAGGGGCCAACUGUAGCUGGAUCAGGCCUGAGAUCCCUCUGUCCUCACAGAUCUUCAGUGCCAUUGAGGAUGACCUAUGGCUCUUCCUCAUCCCGGCGGGCCUGGCUGUUAUCAUGCUGGGGGUGUUUCUGGAGGAGGUGGGCUUCUUUCUGCGUCACGUCCCCUCGUCCAGACAGAAAUGCCUCUACUUAUGGAUCCUAGGAAUGUACCCGGUGUUUGCCUUCACCUCCCUGAUAGCGCUGUAUGUGCCACGUUCCUCCUCGCUGUGUAACUUCAUCGCUUCACUGUAUCACUCUGUGACCUUGCUGAAGUUCAUGGGGCUGAUAACAGACUUCUUUGGAGGGAAAGCUCGUAUGUUGUCCGCUCUGUCUGGACAGCAGGUGUCUCCAGACCCUUUCCCAUGCUGCUGCUGCUGCUGCUGUCUCCCAAUGGUGGCCAUCAACAGCAGCAGCCGUGGCUGGAUGAUGGCGGCCGUGCUGCAGCUCUCUGUGGUCCGCAGCAUCCUGUUCUUCGUCACUCUGGUACUGUGGACAGACGAGCGCUACGCCUACGGUGAUGGGGAUCCAGUUAACCCUAACCUGUAUGUGAACGGCAUCAUAUGUGUGUCCACCUUCGUGUCUUUCUACGGCCACCUCCUCUUUUACAAAGCCACUAAGAGAGCUCUACCUGGAUAUGGACUGAGAGCCAAGUUCAUCUGCAUCAUUGUGGUGUUGGUGCUGUGUGGCCUGCAGAGCGGCAUUUUAGAGACCAUGGGUGCUCUGGAGGUGAUUCCCUGCACACCACCCUUCUCCGUCCUGGCCAGGUCCCAGUUGAUCUACCACUACUGUGUGAUUGUGGAGAUGUUCUGCAUUGGCCUGUACGCCCGCCACACUUUCCGUAAGGUGGAACCAAGCAUGGUGGAGGAGGUGGAGGGGCCCAUCGGUGUGUGGCAGAUGGACAAAGGCAUUCAGACAGAUGAUGUUCAGACUGUGCAUCAGAACCGUGGUGUGUUCUCAGAGGACGCUCGGCCUGGCCACCGCCUCGUCAGCACUUCCAAUCCAAGCUACAGCGAAGACAGUCUGUGCAGGAUAGAGCACGCUCCUCUUGAUGGUUUCCCCUUCCCUCAGGCCCGAGGUCAGCAGCCAGGCAGACCACAUCCAGUGGAGCCCAGGUCUGCAGAGGACCCAGGUGUAGAGCUGACCCACAUCACUGUCAGAGCUGAUAUCAACUAUCAGGACUGUAAGGAUGUCACUGUGGUUUGACCAACAAACAAAACACUACAUAAACCAGGACCAGCAUCCUCACUGCUGCCAAGGGCCCAGACUGGAUCUGAACUUGGGGCCACUGUGGAAAAGACUGAGCCUUGUUAUGUGCUCUACCAGCUGAGCCACUGGAACCUCCCUUUAGCUCACAUUUUAACACUGCAGAAAAUGUUCAUCAAUGUAAACAACAGGAGAAAUGUUGCUGCUUCUCACUUGUAAACUUCCAGAUGUAUUUUAUAUGUUAAUUGUUUUGCAGCUGUUAAACACUGCAGCACUCAUCUGCUGGGGCUUGGAUCGUACCACAUUUACACACAGAGCUUUGGACUGAAGUGUUAUAAUAAUAAUAAUAAUAAUAGAUGACAAUUCUGUCUUUAACAUCUACAUUUGCUGCACCACACACACACAUCUGUUGUGCAAAUCACACGUGGUCUUCUCUCAGGACAGAGAAUAGAUGAAUUUACAUUUUAUAUUUGCCCUCACCAGUCAGAAUGUGGCUGCUUCUCUCUUUGAACAUGGACGACUUCUUCCACCCUCUAGCCACAUUUUUCACAUCCAGAAGCUUUUUCAAAAAGCUUCCAGGUUAUUGAAUCUGAAAAUGUUGUCCCCGUUUUAGUGUGAAUGAUAAUAUGUUUAUGUUUAAAAAUAUGUGCAUUUCCCCGAACAGUCAUGUUCACCUGCUUACGUCAGCCAUCACUUGUGUCCCACCUGGUUGUCAGGUUAUAUUUAUGAUCACAUGUUGUAUUUGUUGAGCUAAUUACAACAGAAACAGAAAGAACAA